UUGCUGGCGUGCGCUCUAACCCUGCGGGUGUGUUGUUGGUGUGUGUCGAGAUACGAAACGAUUUGCCAUUACGGUUUGGCCAGGACACAAUCGUUAUCCUUAAGUUGGCAAUGCGCAAACGUAAAGUGCAAACAAUUUUACAAGUGAUUAAGCGUGCAAUAUAAUUCAAACUCAAAUACAAACACACAUUGCAUCAAAUAGCAGAAACAGAAAUAAAAAAGUUAUAUACUCAAAGUUUUGUGCGUGCAGCAACAAACGCUGUCAAUUGGCAACAGCGACAAAAUGGAUUUAUCGAGGCGGUUGCGCUCAACUGCCUUGAUAGCAUUCAUUGUACUGAUUGGCAUACAACAAUCACAAAGUAGAUUCCCUGGACUGCGUGCUAAAAGACAAUACGGCGCCAAUUUGUAUUUAUCGGCCAAUUAUGUGACACCAGGCGGUGAGGGUAACGAUCCCAACGAGUGGACCGACUGGAGUUCCCCCUCAGAGUGCUCGCGCACCUGCGGCGGCGGUGUGUCCUAUCAGACACGCGAGUGUCGACGACGCGACUCCAAUGGCGAUGCUGCCUGCACGGGCGGUCGGGUGCGCUACUAUUCCUGCAACACCCAAGACUGUCCGGAGGAGGAGCCUGACUUCAGAGCACAGCAGUGUUCACGCUAUGACGACACCAAGUUUGAUGGCGUGCUCUAUGAGUGGGUGCCUUAUACCAAUGCAGCCAAUCCCUGUGAGCUAAACUGCAUGCCCAAGGGCGAGCGUUUCUACUAUCGCCAGCGUGAGAAGGUCGUUGAUGGCACACGCUGCAAUGACAAGGAUCUGGAUGUGUGCGUCAACGGUCAGUGCAUGCCUGUGGGCUGUGACAUGAUGUUGGGCAGCGAUGCCAAGGAGGACAAGUGCCGCAAGUGUGGCGGCGAUGGCAGCACCUGCAAGACCAUACAGAAUACCUAUACCUCCAGUGAUCUGGCUGCAGGCUACAACGAUCUGCUGCUCAUACCACAAGGCGCUACAAAUAUACGCAUACAGGAGUCGAUGCCAUCGAACAACUAUUUGGCCUGCCGCAAUCAGGAGGGCACAUACUAUCUGAACGGCAAUUGGCGCAUUGAUUUCCCACGUCCCAUGCAAUAUGCUGGCGCCUGGUGGAACUAUCAGCGCAAGCCCAUGGGCUUUGCGGCACCUGAUCAGCUCACCUGCGCUGGCCCCAUCACCGAGAGCAUUUAUAUCGUCAUGUUGGUGCAAGACAAGAACAUUAGCGUGGACUACGAGUAUAGCAUACCCGAAUCUCUGAGCCAUAGUCAGCCAGAUGCGCAUACCUGGACACAUCGCGAGUUUGGUGCUUGCAGCGUUUCUUGCGGCGGCGGCACUCAGUCGCGCCAGGUGAGCUGCAACAAUCGCAUGAAUUUGCAAGAAGUUGAUGCUGCGCUCUGCGAUCCCGAGGCUAAGCCCGUGGAGACACAAGCCUGUGGCGUGGAGCCCUGUGCGCCGCAUUGGGUUGAAGGUGAAUGGACAAAGUGUUCAAAGGGCUGCGGCUCAGAUGGCUUCCAAAAUCGCACUGUUACCUGUGAGCGUAUUUCUACCAAUGGCGAACAUACCAAGGAAGAAGAUGCUGUUUGCCUUAAGGAAGUUGGCAACAAGCCAGCUACACAACAGGAAUGCAAUCGUGAUGUGAAGAACUGCCCCAAGUAUCACUUGGGCCCAUGGAAACCAUGUGAUAAGCUUUGCGGUGAGGGCAAGCAAACACGUAAGGUAACUUGCUUUAUCAAGGAGAAUGGCAAAAAGCGUGUUUUGCCUAAUGAUGACUGUGUUGAGGAAAAGCCUGAAGAAGAAAGAACUUGCCUGCUGGCUCCUUGCGAAGGUGUCGACUGGAUUGUUUCCCAAUGGAGUGGCUGUGAUGCUUGCGGCCAAAAUACCGAGACUCGUACCGCCAUUUGUGGCUCUAAGGACGGCAAAGUGUACCCUGAAAAGUUUUGCGCCUCAGAGCGUCCAGAGCUGACCAGACCAUGCAAAUCGGCCAAGUGUGAGACACAGUGGUUCACAUCAGAGUGGAGCAAGUGCUCAGCAAAAUGCGGAAAGGGCGUGCAAUCACGUAUUGUUAUCUGUGGUGAAUUUGAUGGCAAGACAGUUACACCAGCGGCAGAUGAUUCCAAAUGUAAUGCUGAAAUGAAGCCCAAGUCAGAACAGGAAUGCGAGGCCGAGCAGAAGGAAUGCCCUGGUGAAUGGUUCACAGGACCAUUUGGUCUUUGCAGUAAGCCAUGUGGUGGUGGCGAGCGCACGCGUGAAGUUUUAUGUCUGUCUAAUGGCGAAAAGUCUCUUAACUGUGACAAGUCCAAGGUUGAGGCAAUUUCUGAAAAAUGCAACCCAGAUCCUUGCUCAAAGGACGAAGUUUUGCCACUCACAAGUACUGAUAAGUCCAUUGAAGAUGAUGAUGAAGAAUGUUCUGAUGAGGACUUUGAGUUGGUAACCACCGAUAUAACUGACGACGAGAAGGCUAGUGACACCACUGAUAUGGAUGAUGAUAUGCAAUCCACUCUCUCAACGGACGGUAUGAUGAGUGAUGGUCCAUACUCCUCCUCAGUGGAUGCAUCUGCCUCGACAGACAGCACAAUCGAAGGCUCUGGAUCAGAUAGUACAACAGAUAGCGGAAUUUCCACAAGUGAAGGCAGCGGUGAUGAUGAGGAAACUGACUCAACGAUGGACACUUCUGAGUCAUCUGACUUGUCCACUGAGAGCAGUGGAGCGACUUCUGAAGCUUCGACUGAUGUGUCAUCCUCCUCUGAUGAUACCACAGCUGCAUCAAGCUCAACAGACAGCUCCGUCUCCACAGACAGCUCAGCCUCAACAGAUGCUUCAGCUUCUACAGACGCUUCAUCGUCUACAGAUGCUUCCGCCAGCACAGAUAGCUCUGUAUCUACUGACAGCUCUGCAGCAACCGAUAGCUCAGCUGCAACCGAAAGUUCCCUAUCAACCGAGUCAUCUGGUUCCACUGACAGCUCACUUUCAACAGAAAGCUCAGGCUCAACUGAUGUGUCAAGCUCAAGUGAUGGAUCCAGUCCAACUGUGGGCUCCUCAGACGCUAGUGAUUCAACAGCAGCUACCGAGUCGACAGAAAAUGUGUCCUCAUCGUCAGAGGCUACCAGCGACUCAUCCAAAUCCACUUCAGAUGCUUCCUCUUCUACUGAUUCAUCCAGCUCAACCUCAUCUGACAUAUCAACUGACUCGUCUGCUGCUACAGAUACAACAGUAUCAUCAUCAACUGAAAGUACAACUACGGAUACAACCGAAUCAACAAGCUCACAGUCUACUUCAUCUACUGAUGCAUCCAGCGUAUCUUCAAGCGAGUCAUCUGCUUCAACUUCUGAUGCCACAAAGUCGAGUGAAGAAUCUACCACUGAAAAUGGAUCUAGUGCGUCCACUGAUUCAUCAACAAAUGAUGCAACUGACAGUACUACAGAAGGCGUCUCUGAUGGCUCCAGCGAUGGCUCCACUGAUAUGUCCACGCUAUCGACUGAUAGCUCAAGCGAUGUUACUACCGAUAGCUCAACAGAUGUAUCAAAUGAUAGCUCAACUGAUGGCUCCACUGACGGUUCAACUGAUGUUUCAUCUGACAGCUCCACCGAAUCAUCCAAGUCCACAGACGUUAGUGGAUCUACAGAUGCUGGAAGCUCCAUUUCGACUGAGAGCACCGUCGAAGGCGGAAGCACCGAAUCAACUACAGGAGGCAGCACUGUUGACUCUAGCUCUGUCUCCACUGACAGCUCCAAGUCAACGGAUCUAUCAAGCUCAACGGAAGUUAGCGGCUCAACUGAAGCUUCAGAAUCCACUGAAUCCACAGGAUCUAGAGAGUCUCCAGCCACUACUGAGUCCUCGUCUACAGAAAUUACAUCUUCUGUAUCUGGUGAAUCCUCAACAGACACUUCGGACUCCACCGCGACUACAGAAAGUGGUGCCACCUCAGAUACUUCCUCAGGAUCGACUGACAGCUCACUUUCAACGGAGGAAGGCUCCACCAGUGAUAUAUGGGGCUCAUCUGAAGAGACUAGCACACCACAUACUUGGGAAACAACUCUUAGGACAGAGAAGCUACGUAAAUGUAAGUCGAAGAAGAAGGAUUGUUCAAAGUCUGUCUUUGGCUGCUGUCCGGAUGGAAAGUCUACACCUAAAGGACCUUUCGAUGAGGGUUGCCCAAUUGCAAAGACCUGCGCAGAGACAGAGUUUGGUUGCUGUCCUGAUGGCGUUUCUCCAGCUGGUGGCAAAAAGAACAAGGAUUGUCCCAAAUCAGAAUGCGCUGAAACGCUCUUUGGCUGCUGCCCCGACAAGUACACAACUGCUGAGGGUGAAGACAACGAAGGUUGCCCAGAGCCUACCACAGUACCGCCAACGACAACUACAGAAGCUACCACCGAAUUUGAAGGCUCAGGUGAUACUACACAGGCAUCAGAUCUUGUCACUUCCUGUGCCUUUUCUGAAUUCGCCUGCUGUCCCGAUGGCGAGACGCCAGCUCAGGGCAAAGACUUUGCCGGCUGUGAGCCACCAAAGGUUGGUCAAGGUCAGGAUUGUCGCUCUUCAGAGCAUGGCUGCUGUCCAGAUGGUCGCACACCAGCUGCGGGUCCCAACAGACAGGGCUGCGCAGCUUGCACCAGCGAGCCCUUCGGCUGCUGCCCAGACAACGAGACGCCUGCGCAUGGUCCAAGCGGUGAAGGUUGCUGCAUUAAUUCAGCCUAUGGUUGCUGUCCCGAUAAUCUACGACCUGCCUAUGGACCUAACGCUGAGGGCUGUGAGUGCAGAGACGCGCCCUAUGGCUGCUGUCCCGAUCAAAGAACCGCUGCACGUGGACCCGAACAAGAAGGAUGCGCUUGUGAAACGACCCAGCAUGGCUGCUGUCCCGACAAGAUUACCGCCGCCAAGGGUGCCAAGUUUGAAGGCUGCCCAUGCGAAACAAUGCAGUUUGGUUGCUGCGCCGAUGGCCUUAGCUUUGCCAAGGGCCCACAUCAACAAGGCUGCCACUGCACACAAACUGAGUUCAAAUGCUGUGAAGAUGGUAAGACUCCUGCCAAGGGACCAGACAUGCAGGGCUGCACUUGCGUGGAAACAGAGUUUGGUUGCUGUCCCGAUGGCGUUACCAAGGCGACGGAUGAGAAGUUCGGCGGCUGCGAAAAUGUUCAACAGCCUGCGCAAAAGGCUUGCGGCCUGCCCAAGGAAACUGGCAGCUGCGGCAACUUUAGCGUCAAGUAUUACUUCGACACUUCCUAUGGCGGCUGUGCGCGUUUCUGGUAUGGUGGCUGUGAUGGCAACGACAAUCGCUUCGAGACUGAGGCCGAGUGCAAGGAUACCUGCCAGGAGUACACAGGACAACAUAUUUGCCUGCUGCCCAAGAGCGCAGGUCCCUGCCAGGGCUUCGUCAAGAAGUGGUACUUCGAUACGGACAGAAAUCGCUGUGAGGAAUUCCAAUACGGUGGCUGCUACGGCACCAACAAUCGCUUUGAUAGCCUCGAAGCUUGCCAGGGCACCUGUGCCAUUAGCGAAACAAUGCCACCUUGCGAGCAGCCAGUGGAGAGUGGACCAUGUGCUGGCAACUAUGAGCGUUGGUACUACGACAAUCAGACAGAUGUUUGCCGUCCAUUUGCCUAUGGCGGCUGCAAGGGCAACAAGAACAACUAUCCAACGGAACAUGCCUGCAAAUACAGCUGCCGCGAGCCCGGCGUGCUUAAAGAACACUGCUCAUUGCCUAAGCAAACUGGUGAUUGCAGCGAGAAGCAUGCCAGAUGGCAUUAUUCCGAAACAUCACAGCGUUGUCUGCCAUUCUAUUACACCGGUUGUGGUGGCAACAAGAACAAUUUCCCAUCAUUGGAAUCAUGCGAAACUCAUUGUCCACGCAAAGUUGCCAAAGACCUUUGCGACUUGCCUGCUGAGAUGGGCGAAUGCGCCAACUAUGAGUUUGCCUGGUACUAUGAUACCAAGGAUACUGCCUGUCGUCAGUUCUACUACGGCGGCUGCGGUGGCAACGAGAAUCGCUUUACCAGCGAGCAGGCCUGCAUGGCGCGUUGCGAGAAGAAGCCCGAGCCGACAACGCCACCACCACCACCCAGUCAGGUGGACGUUUGCAGCGAGCCAGAGAGUAUUGGCGACUGCGAUAAAUAUGUGCUCAAGUGGCUGUUUGACAAAACUGCAGGCACCUGUCGUCAGUUCUACUACGGCGGCUGUGGCGGCAAUGGCAACAACUUUGCCACCGAAGAUGAAUGCUUGCAGCGUUGCAACAGACCAGCGCCGCAGCCAGAGCCACAACCUCAGCCUCCAGCACAGCCUGCUGUUCAUGUGUGCGAUCAACCUGCUGCUGUGGGCGAUUGCGCUGAUUAUAAGUUGCUGUGGAACUUUAACGCUACAGCCGGACGCUGCCAGCAGUUCUAUUAUGGCGGCUGCGGUGGCAAUGACAAUCGCUUUGAAACCGAAACUGACUGCGCUGCACAUUGCUUGCCAAACAUUGACAAUCGCCUUCAUAACGAGCCACAGCCACAACCAGAGCCCGAGCCCGAGCCUGAGCCUGAGCCCAGCACUGCCAAGUGCUUCAAGUCGGCUGAGGCUGGCAAUUGUCGCGAUAAUGUAACACGCUGGUUCUAUGACUCCCAGGAGGGCAUUUGCGAUCAGUUUGUCUACACGGGCUGCGGCGGCAAUGAGAACAAUUACGCCAGCGAAGAGGAUUGCCAGAACGAAUGCUUUGCUGCACAGGACACCUGCUCACUGCGUCCCAUACGCGGUCGCUGCAAUGACAUCUCACGUCGCUGGUACUUCGACAGUCGCAGCGGCAGCUGCUACGAGUUUGAGUUCACUGGCUGCCGCGGCAAUCGUAACAACUUUGUCUCCGAGCGCGAAUGCUUGAGCUUCUGUCGUCAUGAUGCAGAGCCGCAACCACAGCCAGAGCCACCAGCACCUGCCUACUCUGUGUGCACACAGCCUGCUGAGGCUGGCGAGUGCGACAAUCACACCACCGCUUGGUUCUAUGACAAUGAGAAAAUGGCUUGCACCGCUUUUACCUACAGCGGCUGUGGCGGCAAUGGCAAUCGCUUCCAGACGCGCGAUCAAUGCGAGCGCCAGUGCGGCGAGUUCAGAGGAAUUGACGUAUGCAAUGAGCCUGUUACAACGGGUCCUUGUGUGCAGUGGCAGACGCGUUAUUAUUACAAUCGCGAUAGCCAAAGCUGUGAGCCCUUCACCUAUGGCGGCUGCGAUGGCACUGGCAAUCGCUUUAAUGAUCGCAGCGAGUGCGAAACGGUUUGCAUAGCUGGUCGCGAGCCAGCACCAGCAGCAGGUGCAUCCAAAGAAAUUUGCCGUUUACCUUUGAUCGUUGGUCGCUGCAAUGGGCAAUCGAAUGAGGAGCGUCGUUGGUAUUAUGAUGAUGAGCGCGGCAAUUGUGUGGCAUUCAUUUACUCCGGUUGCUCUGGCAAUCAGAACAAUUUCCGUUCAUUUGAAGCAUGCAUUAAUCAAUGCGGAUCGCCUAUUGAGCCUGGCAACGAAAUUCCAGCCAGCAGCUGUGAACACUACGAAAACGAAUGCCGCGAACUGCGCUGUCCCUAUGGCGUGCGUCGCGUCGCUGUCAACGAGCAGCCCGACUGCCAGAAAUGCGAAUGCGAGAAUCCCUGCGAUGAUCAUGAGUGCCCCGAUAGCCAACAAUGUGCCAUUGACCUUAGCAACACAGCUGAUCGCCAGUUUGUUGCCGUUUGCCGUGAUAAGUUGAAGGCUGGCGCCUGCCCACAGCUCGUGGCCAAUGCCAGCGAAUGCGCCCGUGAAUGUUACACCGAUGCCGAUUGCCGUGGUGACAACAAGUGCUGCAGCGAUGGCUGUGGCUUCAUUUGCGUGCAUCCAGCGCGUCCCACACAACGUCCCAAUACACCAGCGCCUGCUGUUAUCUAUCCAGGCGAAGUGCGUGCCAUGCUGGAGCCCAAGGGCAAGCCCGAAUUGGAUGUGCAGAGCUCCAUUGGCGGCAUUGCAGUGCUGCGCUGCUUUGCUACCGGCAAUCCAUCACCAAAUAUCACUUGGUCACUCAAAAAUCUGGUGAUUGACACCAAUCAAGGCCGCUAUGUGCUUACAUCGAAUGGUGAUUUGACUAUUGUGCAGGUGCGUCAAACAGAUGAUGGCACUUAUGUUUGCGUCGCUAGCAAUGGCCUAGGCGAGCCUGUGCGUCGUGAGGUGGAGCUGAAAGUAACAGAGUCUCAGAAUAUGCCCGCCUAUAUCGCUGGUGAUAUGAACUCCACACAGAUUGUGCAAUUGAAUCAGCCCGCGCUGGUGCGUUGUCCAGCUGGUGGUGUGCCCGCACCACAUGUAAGCUGGUGGCGCAACGAUCGCAACUUUGGCAUGAAUCGCGAUACGGAUCGCGGUGAAAUGAAUCGCGAUUUCUCGCUAUUCUUCCGCUCCAUACAGUUGAGCGAUCUGGGCUUGUAUACCUGUGAGGUGUACAACAAUCAGCAGCGUCCUGUUUCACUGUACGUUACGCUCAAGGCAUUUGGUCCAGCGUAUGCGCUGAAUGCUGAAGAAGACAAGUACUUGCGUUACAUUAUAGAUCCGGCUAGAGCGCCCGUAACGCAACGUCCCAGGUAUCCGUAUAGACCAUCGCGUCCAGUUUAUGUGCCACCGCCAAGUGUGCAGACGCCCACAAUCAAUGCUCAAGCUAUCAUUGGCUUGGAUCCGCAUAAUAAAUACACGCCUGGCUCCACUAUUGCCAUUGGCUGCUCCGUGCAGGGCUAUCCAGCGCCUAAUGUAACCUGGACCAAGGACAAUACGCCGCUGUACAGCAACGAGCGCGUGCAAAUUACUUCUGAACCACAUCGCAUGGUUAUCAGCGAUGUUACCACCGAGGAUAGCGGCGUCUAUGGUUGCACUGCCCGCAAUGCAUACAGCUACAGCACCAGCCAGGAGCAGAUUACCAUUGAAUCUAUGAUACCGGUAUCGCCCGAGUGCAUUGACAAUCCGUACUUUGCCAACUGCAAGCUGAUUGUCCAGGGCCAGUAUUGUGUGAACAAGUACUACGCCCAGUUCUGCUGCAGAUCCUGCACAUUGGCUGGCCAAAUCGCGCAGCCACAUCCCAAUGCGCUUUAAUUCCACAUAACACACACAUUUUCUUUUUAAUUUGAUUUCUGAAAACUACACAAAAAAUUGCUAAUAGCCCACACUGCAGCAUUUAAUAACGAAACAUUUUCCAAAUACUUAACAGCACAAAAUGAAAAUAGUAUUAGUGUUUUAAAUUGUGUUCCUAUUUAUGCUUGAUUUGAAUUCAAUCCAUAGAAGAAAAGUGGCUAAAAAACGAAUUUCUGCAAAUAUAUAUUUUUUAGUUUCUUGUGCAAACAACGAUU